AAGAAGAUGAAGAUGAUGAUGAAGAAGAAGAUGAAGCUGAAGAUGACGAUGAAGAUCAUGAUGACGAUGAUUGAAUGUUCGACUAUCUUAAAUNUUGUAGCAAAUUGAACUAUCAUUUCAAUAGAGUGAUCCUUCCUUAUUUGAAAUAAUUUGACUAUCUUAACUUUAAUUUGUAGUGAUCCUUCCUUAGUCUUUUCUAUUGCUUCACUUUAUUUGUAAACAUAUUCAAUGCAGUAAUGACAGGAGAAGGUUCAGACCNUCCUGAUAAAGGAAAGGGGGUAGCCAGGCCUAAAAANAGGCAACGGAAGACCGCAAAGUAUGUACUUAGGGUGCCUGAUACACUACCUACCCCUACUUCUGCAGUACACCCUUCCCCUACUCCUGUAGUACACCCUCCCCCUACUCAUACAGUACACCCUCCUCCUCCUACCCCUGCAGUACACCUUCCUCCUCCAACUCCUACAGUACACCCUCUCCUUGAACCUCAUAUUGUACACCCUUCUCCUCUUACCCCUGCAGAAGAGCCUCUUCCUCCCCUUGACCCUACUUCUAUACCUUCCUCAUCUUCUAGACCACCUUCUGAGACUGCCACACCAUUUACUGAUCCAGAUGAAGAUGGUGAUGGUGAUGAUGUUGACCCGCUCCUCCAUGAUCGACCAUGGAUUGAGCCAUAUGGAAAAGGGUUUAUUCCAUCCAGGGUUGCUUCCCAGGCCAUCACAUGAUCAAUUAAGCAACAGUAUUUGACUCCAUGGCCUACUUGGGGAGCAAUACCUAUAGNCGACAGAAAGCCAUUCUGGGAGCGUUUUAAGGUGAACAACACUUUAAACUAAUUAUCAUUCAUAUCUUACCAUGUCUUAAUCAAUGUUUGUUUUGUUCAUCAUUGUAGAUGAAGGUGCAGUGGAAA